AUGGGAGUCUAUUGUUUGCAUCACAAUUCAAGGAUACCCUUUCAAAGUGCAAUAAGGGUAUUCGAUGAUGAAGCCAUGAGGUCGUAUCCAUGGGGUCGGACUGCAUAUGAAGUUCUAAGUGACUCUAUUAAAACGUUGGCUCCGUAUGGAGGUUCAUACACAAUAAGCGGCAUGAAGGACGCGUUAUUGAUUUGGGCUUAUGAAUCCGUCACAUGCUUCGGUGAGAGUUUUGGAGAGUGGUCAAUAACGAAGACGUUCCGCUUUUGCGAUGGGGUGGAAAGCGUGCAUGUGAGGAGAAUGGUUUUGAAGGACUCAACUGAAGAGAUGUUUCCUAUUUGGCUGGGUGAAGAUGACGACCCACAACUCGUUAGGUUGAUAACAGACAUACAUUCAGGUAGAUUUGUGAAAGGUUUGUGGGAAGUGCAAGGGAAUGCAAAGGGGAAGGGGAAUGAGAAGAAGAGAAUGAAGGGUGGAGUUUCGUCAGAAGUUGAGCCACCCACUAAGAAGCAGAAGAAAGUUAAGACACAUAAUGAGUCUGAAGCUGAUGCAGCGGGAAAGGGUUCUAGCGAGAAGGAAGGUAGCAAAGAGUUGGAGUUGGAGAACAAAGCGACUCUAACGACCAUUGUGAGUACUAUGGAUAUUAUUUCCAGAAAACUUGAUCAGGUUGACUCACGGUUGGAAGCUUACGAGUUAGACCGGAACAGACCAUUGAUGGACCAAAAGACCAUUGAUGACAUGGUGAAUGUUUUACUAGAGGAGCGUCUGAAAGAUCUGGGGAUUGGAAAAAUUCCCAAAAACCAUGAUAACCCCUCUCCACCAUUAUCAGAUAACUCUUUAUUGAUGGCAUCACCGGUUGUUCGAACGCAUCAGAAGUCUGUCAAUAGUCCAGCGUUAGUAGCUGCGACUCCUGGUAAGGAGUUUGGACUGAAAAAGAAUUUGGCCAAGGAGCUUGAAAUGGAAUCAGGGGUGAAAAGGACUUUGGAUGAGGAGUUUGGUAGUGUCGAUAAAGCUACUGAUAUGCGGCCUCUUGAUUUCAUAGUAGUUUCUCCUGAAAAUGCUACUAAGGAUGAUAAGGCUACUAAGGAUGAUAAGGCUGCUAAAGAUCCAGCCUAUGGACGCGGCUGCAGGCGCAAGUGUAUUGUUAAGGGUGAGGAAGCCGAUGAGAAGAAAAAAGCAGCGCAUGCAUAUGUUGCGUUUAAGAGGAAGAAGAAGGCUGAGGUGACUCCACCGCGUGACGGUGUAACAAGAUGCAAGGUACAACCUGAUGUAGAGGACAGUUCAUUGGCUGAUAUAACUGACGAAGUUGUUGCAGAACAGAACGAAUUCUCGCCGGAGUCUGAUGUCGAGAAUUCUAAAGUGCAUGUCGUGGCAUAUAUGAACGUCCUCAUGAAAAGGUCCAUGCGAGAGCCCACUCCAUUCUGGUCCAAGCGGAUUGCCUUCGUUGACGUUUGGUGGCAAAUAUUUUUGAUUCACGAUUACGCUCAGUUCAAGAUGAAACCCACAAUGUUCAUGUUCAAAGGCAAUGGUUAUGAAGAUAUGAUAAAUGGUACGAUUCCCGAUCAUUGUCGAACAAACUUGAAGUGGUAUGAAGAUGUGGAUCACUUGUACGGAUGUCUUCAAACCGGCAAAAAUCACUGGGUUGUGUAUCACGUGGAUCUGAAGAAGGAGAAGAUUGAUUGCUACGAUCCAAUCUUUGGAGAGGUUACACUCGAAAGUGAGCAGAGAAUUCUGAAUACAUUUAAACCGCUGACGCACAUGAUUUCCGCUAUGUUGAGUGUACAUAUUUCAGCCAAUAUUCGACCCAUUAGCAGGAAGAAGUUCUCAUUCAGAAGGAGGAGCAAAAGAUACACUCCACAAAACACCCAUGUUGGCGAUUGUGGGGUGUAUUCGUUGAAGUUUGUGGAGUGUCUAGCGCUUGGUGUAACAUUUGAUGGGAUAAACGAUCAAAAUAUUCAAGGUUUACGGAUCAAGAUGGCAGCAGAUAUCCUCGCUGAAGGAGGAAAUGUUGUGACAGACCAAAUGAUGGCUAAAUGA